CUGCGAGUGCCGCAUGGAGUCGCCGGCUUCUGGAUCAUUCGAAAAUGGCAGCGACUAGGCGGCUGGUGAAAGAACUUCAAGACAUCAGGACCUCAGGAACAAAAUGCUUUCGGGACAUCCAGGUGGAUGAAAAAAACAUGCUCACAUGGCAGGGGUUGAUUGUACCUGACAACAGCCCGUACAACAAGGGGGCCUUUCGGAUAGAGAUCAACUUCCCGGCCGAGUACCCGUUCAAGCCGCCCAAAAUCACUUUUCGCACCAAGAUCUACCACCCCAACAUUGACGAGAAGGGCCAGGUGUGCCUGCCCAUCAUCAGCGCCGACAACUGGAAGCCGGCCACCAAGACGGACCAAGUUAUCCAAGCUCUGAUUGCGCUAGUCAACGACCCAGAGCCAGAGCACCCGCUACGUGCCGACCUUGCCGAGGAGUACAGCAAAGACCGGAAGAAGUUCCUGAAAAAUGCAGAGGAGUUCACCAAGAAGCACUCCGAGAAGCGGCCGCCUGACUAAGCUCCUAGCUGCCUAGCACCGCUUGAGCGAUGCGUGGUGCUCAUGGGCAACAAAAAGUGAAAAUGAGGGCAGAUGAAAAAAGCAUGGGUCUUUCAAAUUCUUGAGCCCGCCUUCAUUUCAAGUGUACUUGUUUUCUUCUCUCUCUGUAUGCGUGCCUACUCAACGAAAGUGUGUGAGUGCUUGAAUCUGAAAACUUGGGCCUCUCUAGCAGGGAACUUUUCUUUUUUUAAUUUCACCAGCUGUGAUGCUGUGUGAAAUUUGGGUUUUUCUCUCUGUUUUCUUGAGAUGUCAUACAUGUUAGUGUGAGGUAGUAUGCUGCCCAUUUUAGCCUUGAUGUUCUUUCGCUUCCUGCCAUGUGCAGGAGCAGCAAGUUUGCUAUGAUGUCAUGCUUUAGCGCUAGCUUGCUACUCUUGCUGUUUCAUGCGCUGCUUGUUGAACAAUGCUGUAGGACGCAUCGGGCGGGUGAAUAUUUGUUCCCGGUAUUAUUGUCUUUCGUUUUCUUUUUUCAAAUUCUUUUCAGUGUUUUGUAAGACAGCAGGCCUUGUCAUCGCUUUAUUCUACCUUGCUACUGAGCAGUGUUGUAAGCGAAAGGUGCGCACAUCUAGGCGAUUUUCAGCAUUCAUUUCUCUUCGUGAGGCAGAAGGGAAACGUUGUUGGAAUUUGUCUGUGUGCUCUUUGUUGUUGUUCUCGUCGUGCUGCAUUCACACCGGAGAGGUGGGAGGAAUGUUUACACGUUCACAGACACGGUGCUUGCAUUUUGUAAUACCCGAGCUCGUAGCUGGCUCGUGGUGCAGUGCACGGUUCGCCUUAAAGCCCGUGGAAACAAACACACACACAAUGGCACGCUUAGCUGUGUCUCAGAAUGUGACAGGGGAGAACACUGAUAGAAAGGGGUAAAAACAUUAGCCUGUGUUUUCUUAAUCCUACGACACCGCCCAAACACUUAGUGUUACCUAGCCCCCCUUACAAGAACAUUUUCGUGUCAUAGUCGGCACAGUUUUUUUUUUUUUUUUCAAUUAUUGUAUGUUGUGAUAAUUAGACCUUUCAUGUAUUUCAUGCGUCGUUUAUGAUUACUCUGAGCUUACAUUUUUUUGUUUGUAUAAUUGCGCGAUAGUACGGAGUAUGAGAAUCACAAAUAAAUCUCGAUUGAUUUGUUUUAUUA